AUGACGUCCUCUGCCACUACCUCUUCGAUGGACUCGUUUAUAGCGCUUACUAGUCCUAGAGGUACAAUACUGACAAGUACUCCCAGUUACGGAAGUAUAACAAAUGCUACUGUUCGUAUAGCCAGUGUCAGUAACACCUCAUAUGACGGUGCCGCAGAGUCAUCUCUUUCUAGAGCACAUGAUUAUGCUUGGCGAGAACCUGAUAACGGCGUAGAAAAUGCCCACAACUGA